GGAAGACUUGACACAUGGUAUCACUCGAUCUUGACCGAUCAGUUGACAGGUAUUUUCGUUCCUUUCCAUUCCGUAACUUCUUUUGAUAGCUUCACACCCCAUGAGCACGAUGAGCCUCGAGAUCUUAUCAAAGCAGGCACAUGGAUUAAGUGACAGGUCCUGGUGAGUCCAGGCCUGGUACUAAGUACAAUCAUGGGACCGGCUACCUACUCCAAGUGGGAAAGGGCAACCACCCGCCGGCUGGCUGGCCAACCGGCCAAAAUCUAGGGUUCAGAUGGAGCACGAGUAAGAAAGAAGUCAAGGAUACAUGAGUACAAUGAGAGGUGAACCUAUGGGGACAGUUGAUAUCUAGAUGACCAAGAGGAGGGAAAGGAAAAAAAAAAAAAAAAAAAAAAGAGAAAAAAUUGUGUCGAGAUACCGUACCCACAUCCAUGUAACGGAUAUAUCUUGUCCUCCAGCUUCCCCGGAUUUUCUAAAACUCGACCUAUCGUCUUGGCUACCGACUUACUUUCUUCUCAUUCAUCAUCAUCAUCAUCAUCGUCGUCAUCAGGAGCUUCUAAGAGGACACAUCUAUACAUACAUAACAAAACAAGGUGACCAACACUUCUCUUCGAAAACCUCAAGAAACCCUAAACCUCCUUCGAGUACGGUCCAGUCCAUCCAUAUACACCACCAAAAUGGGCUCCGUAUCAUUUCCCGCGUCCUCGGAACCUCCCAAGCCCUGGGUUGAAACCCCCCUCAUCUAUUCCGCCCAACUAUCCAACGCCGCUGGGUGUAACAUCUAUCUCAAACUCGAGAAUGUUCAGCCUUCGGGGUCCUUCAAGUCUCGCGGCAUAGGCAACAUGAUGCUCCGCUCCACCCUCCCUUCUCCCCCUUCCUCCCCGUCCUCUUCUUCCACCACCUCCUUCCAGGAACCCCUCACCACCAACCAGAGAAAAAUCCACUUCUUCUGCUCCUCCGCCGGCAACGCCGGUCUCGCCUGCGCCACCACCGCCCACACAUUGGCUUGUCCAGCAACCAUCGUCGUGCCCACCUCUGCUCAGGAGCCCGUUUUGCGUCGACUUCGCGGACUAGGUGCUACGGUGGUGAUCCACGGUAGUUCGUGGUUCGAGGCUGAUACCCACCUUCGCGAAGUAGUCAUGCCCGCCUCGGCUCUUGAGGACUUGCAGGAAAGUAGUAGCGGUGGAGAGGAAGGGGAAAAGACAAAGCAGACGAAGCAAGUCUACGUUCCCCCCUUUGACCACGAAGAUAUCUGGUCUGGAGCAGCCACCUUGAUGGACGAAGUCGCUGAGCAAAUGCGCGUCGUGCACCGGGCCUAUGUCGAUGCCGUGGUGUGUAAUGUUGGCGGUGGCGGGUUGUUGAACGGCAUCAUGGAGGGCGUUUGGGGUCCCAGUCGAAACCCCGGAACAGGAAAAGAAGGGGGGCUGGGAAAAGAAGUGGGAGGUGGAAAGGAGCCGAGGGUUCUUGCGAUCGAAACAGUCGGCGCCGAUAGUUUCAACCAGUCAGUCAAGGCGGGCGAGCUGGUCAAGAUGAAGCAGAUCACGAGCAUUGCGUCGAGCUUGGGUGCGGUGCAAGUCUCGAAGAAGACGUGGGAGUGGAGCCAGAUGGUUGGCGGAGAGAACUUGGUCAGCGCGACGGUGACGGAUGCGGAGGCGGCCAUGGCGAGUGUCAGGUUUGCGGAUGAGCAUCGGAUGUUGGUGGAGGUAAGCUGUGGCGCGACGUUGGCAACGGCGUAUAAUGGGGAUUUGAGGAGGUAUCUUGGCAAGGGGUUGAGUGACGAGGAGUGGCGGAAUGUUAACGUUGUUAUGGUGGUUUGUGGUGGAAGUCAUGUUAGUGUGGACGUGUUGAAGGCGUAUAGGGAGAAGUAUGGGCCGGAGAUUGCCUGGGCUUAAUGUUGAGGGUAACUAAACGGAUUAUGGAUGGAUGGAUGGAUGGAAGGAAGAAAAGCAAAAGGCACAAUAUGGGGCGUUAAUGGGUCUUUCUUUUAUUAUGUCGAUCUGUGCUUUUCCUCAUAUAGGUCCCUUCGCGGUCUGAAUGGCAACUUUUACCACUCAUUAGCGAGUGGAAUCAAAAAGUCCUCUCGAUUAUAUUUUUAGUCUUCCCUUUCAUAGACCAAUUCCGCAUAACCUUCAGGGA